AUGCCCCGCAACACCCACCGUUCUACUGCCUCGCAAGCUCAUAAAAGGACUCCAACUACCCUGCGCCUUCGUCUGUCCAAACCGCCUGUUCCGGAUGUUCCGGAUAAUGAUGAGAAUCCAACUGAUGAUGAGAAGGAGGAUAAGGAGGAGGAGGAGGAGGAGAAGAAGGAGACACAGCUGUAUGAAUGGGUGAUUAUCAAUGAAAUAAAGAAGUCUAUAAAGAUCAAGUUAUGGAAUGUCACAACAAAUGAUAUGACUGUCAGCUUCUAUCAUAUCCAAUAUAUUGCAAAAAGAAUAGCUGAAGAAGCAUUAGAUGUUAAAGAAGAAACGCUCCGCGAAGAGUUUGCUGGGGAUGUCCCAUUUAGGUUUAGUAAUUAUAAUCAGGGAAAUAUGAAGUUUCUUCAACAAUCUAAAUAUCAAUCAAGGAAGGCGUACGAUCUCAUUGGUGGUAAAUUCACUGAGCUGGGGGAGAAUAUUGACAGAUUUGAUAUAAAGGGGGUGGCAGAAAAUUCUGUUUUCGCAAGCUUUACGUCCGCCACAAUACCAGCUUACCCAGAUCUAGCUAGCCUAGCCUGGGUGGCUCAAUCUCUGUGGCUGAGCGGGGAGCAGUCCGCAGUCCACAGUCCGCAGUCCACACAGGCUGCCCAUCCUAUCACCAUCCCCAUCGUCGUCGAUUCAUCAUCGAUUUGGCUUGGGGAAUACGCAGAGCAACGACCAACGAGGGAAAAUCAGCCCAACCCUGGGGAAAUCGCAUACGCUGCCGGUACCGGUGGAAGGGGGAAUUACGCACCUGGCUGGCCCGAGGCUUACCGUACAUUACAUUACAUUACAUCACCACCUGCGCCGGCCGAUCCGCCUCAACCCCACAAGCAAAACUUGCGAUUCCUCCUCCUCCUCUUUUCCCUUUUCUUUGUCCUCUUCUUCAAUGCUCUAUCUCGUCUUCUAGCUGGCCAGGCGAUUGUGCUCUUGGCUUAG